AUGGCGCAACAACAACCCAUGCAUGACCCUAGCGAUGGAAUUGACCCAGAGUUGCUACGGCAUAUCCAUCUCGUCUCUGCCAACCAGUACCCCCAUCAAGCACAGAUCGACUUUAAUCAAGUCACGAAAUGGCUUCUAGCGGCACCACAGAUCGCUAAGGACAAGGCGCCUUUCUUUUGGACAUACCUCGACCGACCCAGCGAAGGCCACAUACUACUCACAUGGCAACCACUUAAGAGGCUGGGGACGCACUUCGCCAGCGAUGGGAUUAUAUGGGCGCCGGAGCAAUAUUUCCGCAGCGACGUGGGCAAUGGCCUGAUGCUCGAGAUCUAUUACAACAAGUCGGGCUUCGCACCCGGCGACCAGGUAGGCGCACGCACCCGCCGACGAUUUCGGCUCGUCCCCUCGCAAUCGGGCAACAUCAACACACCUCAGCCGGACAUCAGUCUUUGGAUCGUGCAUUAUGGACGUGCCGAGGCGCAGGAUUGCCUACCCAUCAACAUGAUUCCGUUCCUGCCGGAAACCCAGACCAUGAUGACGCAGCGGAACUUCCUGCAGAGUUGCGGCCAAAUUACGCGCAAAGACUUCAUGCUUUCGGAUCGGGGCAACUGGCCCCAGAUAUCAUUUCCGCAGCCAGGAGGACGCGGCGCAGCGGCAGGGCAACCAAAACGCAUACCGGCCCAGAUGGCAUACCCCGCCCAGAACGCGGUGACCCAAACCAUGAAGCGUCCCCGGGGGGGACAACCGCAAGCCCAGGCGCAUGCGCAUGCGCAAGUGGGACCCCUCCCCGAUGCGCUGGAGGAAGAGCAAAGGGACGUUUUCGAUGUUCUGACCCCUCGGGACAUCGCCUACGCUCGGUACCGGCAAAACCACAGUUGGAUGGAAGAGCUCCUGUCGUCACCCUAUCCUAUCUCUCAUAUUGUCCCCUCCGACCUUGGCCUGGGCCUCAAGGGCGAGCUGCGAUCCGUGACCGAAGGCAUUUUCGAUGCACCCGGGGCGAACGCCAUGUCGCAGAUACCAGAUAAACCUUAUGUUGGCCACUUGGACCCGGGGCUAGCCGCCGAGUUCAGGAAGCGAACCGAGAAACACAUUAGUUCCACGAAAGCAGAGAUAGAAAAGCUGAAGGCAGACCACGCCAAGGCCAUGCAAAAGUUCAAGGCUGGUUCUUUGCUAUUGAAUGCAGACAGGGACCUUCGAAACGCCGUCGAUGAACAGGGUCCGGAACUGUGGAGACUUGAAGGCAGAACAUCCGAUGCGAAAGAUCAGAGUGAAGGUUCAUGGUCGCAAAGCCAUAACAAGAAGGUCGACGAGAUCGUGGCCCAGGUAGAGGCCCAUGUAGGCCGGCGGAUCGCAGUGCUCCACGAGGUGAACCGAAUCCAGGAUGGCGGCUUCCAGGAACCGGCCCCGGAGAUGGCCAAGGGCCCAUCACCGCCGCAAAUACAGGCAGGAACGCCAGUGGUGGGCGCCGGACCUUCCGGUUCCAACGACGGUACAUCCCGUCGCCCAUCGCAGGCCGGAUCGCAGCACAGUGGCGUCAUGGUGGGAGACGCGGAUAUCGAUAUGGGUGGCACUGCAGCCGGCCUCUUGGACCAGAUGCAUGCCAGCCUCUCGAACACUUCGACUCCGCUAAACAGUUUCCCUACCCCGCAAGCGAAUUUAUCAGCUAUGAAUUCUAACGCGGCGACACCUAUGAACGCCGAUGCACAGUCUCCCGCGCCGGUUUCCUCCGCCGCCGAAGGAGAGCCCGACAGUAAUGACAACAACACCCGGGAUGUCACCAUGGGCAAUACGGAGACAGAGAUGAACAAAGAAGUCCCGCCCAACAAUCCCAACCAAGGUUCUGGUGGUGAGGAGUGGGUCAUGGUGCCUAAGGGCGGUAUUUCACCGGAAGGCGCGGGGGUUACUACGGGCGACGGCGCUGGCACUCAAGCUCCGAAACCGAGCACGCCAGCGGCGACGGGAGGAGGCCCGGCGACAGGACAGGCCUCGGCGGUGGGAACGCCAGCGGUAACUGAGGGAGAUGCUAACGACUUCAGCUCUCUGGGGGAUCUCGACACUGCGGGAGAUGCGCUUGCAAGCUAUGAACCACCAGCCCUGGACGGUGCAGCUGGGUCGCUUGGAGAGGGGCUGGAUCUAAAUAUGGACAUGGAAGGCUCUGCAUUCGGAGAUGCCUUCCACGGUGUAGGCGGGACGAACACAAAUACACCAGGGGAGAAUCAAUCAGAAGGCGUUUAG